GUUACAGUGCUGUUGGAGCUAAACCAGAUUUACUUUGUAGAGAAAUCAAGUUCCCGGAGGUUCUUGAUCCCACCGUGACUGGAGGCCAGGGGGCGUCAAACCAAGACAAGAACGGGGCCACGGGCCAGCAUGUAGAAGAGGCCAGUGCGAGUGCUGCCCCUUUUCAGGCUUUUGAUGUCCAGUUCCCCACUGGAGCAAGUGAUCCCUUGGACAUCAACCUAGAUGAGGUGACAUUGGCCAAUAACAUCCUUGAUGGUCAGUUCCUACCUUCUUUCCCUGUGUCCAGUCCGCAGUCAUCAAACACCGUGCCCAGUAGUCGGUGCAAUCGUCCAUCUUCUGUCGGCCUUCAAAAUUCCGCAGAAAGUCAAAAGAGAUUAGUACGACAUGACUCGGUACCUCUUGAAGGUUCCCGCCAAAACUCUGUUCAAGGCCAAAAUCAAAUUGACUCCUCCAUUGUUCGAAGGCAAGGUGCAAUUCAAAAUGUGUCUCAAACAGAGCUGGCAUCCAUACCUCAGACAAACAUUGAUAGGUCACGAGGAUCAAAUUCUUUCUCUUUCGACCGAAGGUUAUCGUCUGGGACAGAUACCGUUACGGAAGGGAAAGUCUCUGUGUCCAGUGACAAUUCCUUUAAACAAGACGCUUGGGAAUCCGAUGUGUUCAGUUCAAUUCCGACAAGUGUCAGUGUUCCUAAGGCGACAAUUACGAAUGAGACAUCUAGUAGCAGACAGGGGUCCCCACCAUCAAGCAUUCCAUCUAGUGUGGCAGGGCUCACAUCAAAAAGACAGGAGGAAACAUUGUCAAACAGCAAUGUAGGCACCGUACCUAACACGGCUGUGAUGCAGGAGAUGAAACAGAUCCGGUCAGAAAGUCAGGCUGCAGUCAAAACAGUGGUACAAGAAUAUAAGGUAAUUGAUCAAUGGACAGUGUUUCAA